UCAUGUAAGAACAAUUAACUGAAAGCAGCUCUCACAUUUGAUCAUUGCCCUUUACACUAAUAAAAGUGACAUGCGAUUAAAAUUUCAUGAGGAUUUGUCUCAUGGUGUGUGAGUGUGUGUGCAUAUUCGUGGGAGAGAAUCUCCUGCGCAUGAUCGCUGUGAGGCGCCACUGAUAAACGUAUGAUCAAGUCGAGCCUACACUAUUCAUUUCGUUUUACUGCCGGCGGCAGACGACUGUAAAAAUCAAGCCGUCUGCUAUUCAGUACGGAGCAACGGUGAUGAUAUAUCUGGUAACGUGGAGUACACGUAAUGCUUGUGUAGGCUUAAAAUGAAUGAUUAAAGGUUUGGGCAUAGUUGAGAGGAGUCUUCAGUUUCAGGACGCUGGAUAGUUCCUUCCCAUAACCUACAGUACUUUGGGAGAUUUGAAUUCUUGCCGAGCACAUGGAAAACGAGAUCUUGGACACGGAGAAUGAGAAGCGCAAAAGGAUACGAGGGAAAUGCACGACAGAAACUGUCAUUUAAGAGAUGCCUUCUUAUCGAAGCUUGAACAUAAUCAUCACGUGCAAAUUGUACUUCUGAGCGAUGGACUUUACCGAAAUUCUAUUUGCAGUGUUCAUUGCUGUUGUUGUGAUUGUUUCAUUAAUAUCUAACUUGUUGGUGCUGCUGUGCUUCAUCUGCAGCACCGAAAUCCGCAAGCAAGUGCCAGGUAUUUUCAUUAUGAACUUAUCAUUUUGUAAUUUGCUCAUCACUGUUUUGAACAUGCCAUCCACUUUGCUUGGAAUUGUUAAGCAUCAACAACCUUUUGGCGACUGUAUCUGUCGAGCAGUAAGCUUUUUGGAGACUUUCCUGACUAUCAACACGAUGCUAAGCAUGGCAGCUCUCAGCAUUGACAAAUGGAUAGCUGUGGUGUUUCCCCUGAGCUAUUCGAACAAAAUGCGAUACAAGGAUGCCUUAUUCAUGAUGUGCUACUCAUGGUUUCAUUCUCUUACCUUUGCCAUGGUCUCGCUGCUUUUUUCCUGGGUUGACUACAAUCACAUUUAUGCAACAUGCACACUGCGCUUAAAAGAAGAACGUGAACGGAGAAAUUUUACCGUGUUUACCAUCGUGUUUCAUGCCACAAGUUUUAUGCUUUCUCUGCUCAUUUUAUGCUUCACAUAUCUAAAGGUUUUAAAAGUAGCAAGGUUUCAUUGCAAGAGGAUAGACAUUAUUACCAUGCAGACGCUACUUUUGCUGGUAGAUAUCCAUCCAAGUGUUAAGCAACGCUGCCUUGUUGAACAGAAAAAGAGACGGCAAAGGGCCACCAAGAAAAUCAGCAUUUUUAUAGGCUCUUUUAUUAUCUGUUUCGCCCCUUAUGUGAUUACUAGGUUAAUAGAACUCCUUCCAUUUGUAACAAUUAAUCAGCAGUGGGGAAUCCUAAGUAAGUGCCUAACAUAUAGCAAGGUUGCUUCAGAUCCUUUUGUUUAUUCACUGCUGCGACAACAAUACAAGAAGGUCUUAAUCAACAUUGUCAACAGAAUGCUCAAAAGGGAUUUAUAUCCAUCAUCUGGGCAUAACAGUUCUUUAGAUACUGAAAAUGACUACUGCUUGCAGCGGACAAAUUGAGGGUUUUAUGUGCACGAAGCAAAAAUAAAAAUUCUGUGAACAGAAGAAUAUACAGCAACCACUAUAUAAUAGAAGUCAAUAAACCUCAUUAAAUGUUGUGAAGCUCUACAGUACUGUAUAUCUAAAAUUAUAACUUUUUUAUAUCAUUACAUUCCCUUUAUCCCAAGACAAUAAUUUAUAACUUUAAACAUGUUAGUUGAAAGAGUCAGCUAUAAUUAUGUGCAUAAAUUGUAUUAUAACUUAUGACUACUAUCUACUAUGGAUAUAAAUAGAAAAAGCAGAUUAUAUUUUUAUUGGAAAGUAUUCUAGGAAAUAACAGUUCCAAAAAAGAAAUAAGUUGAUGCUAUAAAUACUUCAGAUAUUGUUACAAUCAGAUUCAGAACAGAUGUAGCUCUAUUGUUUUUUCUUUUUGGGCAUAUAUACAUUCUGCACAGUAAUUAAUAAAGAAUUAUUUAACCUUUUCCCAUUUAAGCUCAGAAUGACAUCAUUACAUUUAAUUAAAUUAUGUUUACCUGAUUCUAAAGGCAUGAAGAAAAAUUCAUAACUCAGGAGCUAUCCAGCUCACAUUCUCUAUAAAUCGGUAGUAGCAUGGUUUAAAAUAAACUGCAUUGACAUUGUCACAGUGCACAGUUUAUUAAAAUAUUUCCGAAUAUAUUAGCUGAAAUUUACUAAAACAGUAAUGCGUACAUUGGAAACUGGAAUAUUCUGGGAUACCAUCAGUUUAAACAAAUUGAUUAUGCCAUGUCCAUAAUGGAUUUAAACAACCUUCCAUUCUUAAAAUCCUGUAACUGUCUGGUGACCACUACUAAACAUUUUCAAGUGUAUCUCUUUUAUUUAAAACUAAUGAUUUCCCAAGAGAUACUGCAAAGAAGGAAUGAAGGAAUUACCUGAAGCUUGUUUCCAGGCAGAUACUGAAAGUACUUCAGAGACUAUUAUACAGGUACAUUAAUCUUAUUAUUAAUCCUCCCAGAAAGCUAAAGAAAAUGGGAAGAUUCAUUACUCUGUGAGUUAGUGUCAUAUUGUGGUAGAAAGGCUGCUAAAAAUGAACUGGUACAUAAUUUAAUUUCAUGCACUUUUUGAUAACCAUAGGUCAGUGUUAUUAGAUUUAUAAAGCCAAAGUUGUAUUUGUUACCUAUUUUAAACUGAAUGUAUUGUCAAGCUGCAAGAACUCUGAAUUAUCUGGCAUUGUUUUUUGAUUGUAACACACACAUGCACACCCACACACACAUGCACACACACACCCCC